GUCGCUAAUAACGUCGAUUUAAGAUAUAAGUCAAUCAACAUACGUGUUGCUCUGAUGAGUUUAGUUACGUGGUCCCAAGCUGAUCAAAUGCUGGUUACAACAGAUGGCUCUGCUACUUUAACUAGGUUCGCUAAUUACUCAAAUUUGGUUUUGAAGAAAUCAAAUCCGUAUGACAACGCACAAUUACUUACAGGCAUU